AUGGCCGAGUCCGAGUCAGUGGAGGAGGCGGGCGAGACGGGCGGUGCCGGAAAGGUAGCCAAGGAUUUGUUCGCGGGCGCGGUCGGUGGGAUUGCGCAGGUGCUCAUUGGCCAGCCCUUCGAUAUCGUCAAGGUCCGACUUCAAACCACCACCGAAUACCAGGGCGCGCUGGAUUGCGCCACCCGAAUCCUCAAAAACGAAGGUGCAACUGCCUUCUACAAGGGCACGCUGACUCCCUUGAUCGGCAUUGGUGCUUGUGUGUCCGUCCAAUUCGCCGCCUUCAACUAUGCCAAACGAGCUUUCGAGGCCCAAAAUGCAUCCAAGCUCAACAAGUCUCCGGCAACUCUGGACGCCGAGCCACACCCGCUGAGCUAUGGUCAAUACUAUGCCGCCGGCGCUUUUGCUGGUCUCACCAACACCCUCCUCUCUGCCCCCAUCGAGCACGUCCGUAUCCGUCUGCAGACUCAGCCUCACGGUGCAGGUCGAUUGUAUAACGGACCUCUGGACUGCAUACGAAAGCUUGGAGGAGCUGGCCUCUACCGCGGCACUUCCGUCACACUGUUGCGAGAAGCACAAGCAUAUGGCUUCUGGUUCUUGACCUUCGAGUACCUCAUGAACCAAGAUGUGAAGCGCAACAACUACUUGCGAAAGGAAGUCGCCACAUGGAAAGUCGCUCUCUACGGCGGUCUCGCGGGAGAAAUGCUUUGGAUCGCAUCAUAUCCCUUCGACGUGAUCAAGUCGAAGAUGCAGACGGAUGCUUUCGGGGAGAAGCAGAGGUAUAAGUCGAUGCGUGAUUGCUUUGCCCACACUUUCAGGCACGACGGCGCGCUUGGGUUUUGGAGAGGUCUUGGGCCGACGUUGCUGCGUGCUAUGCCAGUCAGCGCCGGUACCUUUGCUACUGUGGAAUUCACUCUGCGACUUAUCAGCUGAAGAAGCAGCGCAGAAAGUCGCAUGUGACAUCUAGGCGGCGCCGAUGACGGUGGCCCAGAAGAAGAACAUGAAAGCUCGAAAUUCAAGACCUC